AUGGUGGGUUCCGACCAGCGACCGAUUCUGGCGACUAUUGAUAAUAAGAUCCCUAAGGCCCGAUGGCAAUUCCGGUUUGAUAAACGAUGGUUUGAACAGGAAGGAUUCGCAGAGGCAAUCAGACAAGGGUGGCAAGAUAAUGGGGUAACUGAAGAGGCCAAUGUGGUUGACAGAAUACGCAAGUGUUGUCAUGAGAUUUCUCAAUGGAGACACAACAAUAAGCCCUAUGGCAAAGAAAGAAUAGCGGAUUUACAAAAAGCUCUCGAAGAGAUCCAAAAUGAUGAUUCCCAAUUGUUUACCACCACUUCUCCAGACGAUUUCACAACCAUACUGGAAGGAAUUCCGGAGGUAAUCAGAGAGGCAGAUAAUGCCAUCCUAAGGAGACCAGUGUCGGAGGAAGAAGUGCGGGCAGCUUUGUUUUUAAUGAACCCUGAGAAAGCUCCAGGACCAGACGGAAUGACGGCUCUGUUUUUUCAACGUUCAUGGCCGUUAAUUAAAACGGAUAUUUUGGGACUUAUUAAUGAUUUCAUGAUAUCGGGUGUGUUUGAUGAAAGAUUAAAUAUGACGAAUAUAUGUUUAAUCCCAAAGACGGAGCGACCAACUCGGAUGACAGAAUUAAGGCCCAUUAGUCUUUGUAAUGUGGGGUACAAGAUUAUCUCCAAAGUUUUAUGUGAGCGGUUGAAGACGGUGUUGUCCCAUCUGAUUUUGGAAACUCAAUCCGCCUUCGUACCGGGAAGACUGAUUUCCGAUAAUAUCUUAAUCGCCCAAGAAAUGAUUCACGGGUUACAGACGAAUAAGUCAUGUAAAGGAAAGUAUAUGGCUGUUAAAACUGAUAUGAGUAAGGCCUAUGACCGAGUUGAGUGGCAAUUCGUCGAGGCCACUAUGCGCAAAAUGGGGUUUGGUGAACGCUGGGUUCAAUGGAUCAUGUGCUGUAUCAGGUCGGUGAAAUACAAGGUGCUUAUAAACGGACAACCGAGGGGAAAAAUAGUCCCCAAUAGGGGGUUACGGCAGGGGGACCCUCUAUCUCCCUAUAUUUUUAUUCUCUGUACGGAGGUGCUGAUAUCUAAUCUAAAACGGGCGGAAUCGGGUAAAGAACUGACGGGCCUUAAGGUGGCACGUGCAAGCCCACCUGUCUCACAUUUACUAUUUGCGGAUGAUAGUUUGUUCUUUUAUAAAGCGACAGUCGAGGAAAGUGGGGUUUUGCUUAAGAUCCUUCAGAGUUAUGAAUGUGCAUCAGGUCAAAAGAAAAACUUCGAUAAAUCCUCCAUCCAAUUUGGACAUACUAUGGAGUCACAAGCACGUUCGGAGAUCCAUCAGAUAUUGGGUAUUCACAAGGUGGGGGGGGUUGGUAAUUAUUUGGGCAUCCCAGAGAGUCUGGGAGAUGCUAAAACGAAGAUCUUUAGUUUUUUAAUCGAUCGACAACAGAAGCGGAUAAACGGAUGGACAUCAAAGGUUCUCUCUAAAGAAGGAAAAGAGGUCAUGGUAAAAUCCGUACUCUCGGCGAUGCCAACGCAUGUCAUGUCCUGUUUUAGACUACCUAAGGGGGUCACCAAUAAGCUCACAAGUGCGGUGGCAAAUUUUUGGUGGAGCACAAAUUCACAAACACGAGGUAUGCACUGGCUUGCGUGGAGAAAAUUGUGUCGCCACAAAACGGAUGGGGGAUUGGGGUUUAGAGUAAUCGAAGAUUUUAAUACGGCUUUGCUUGCAAAACAGUUGUGGCGGUUAAUGGAUAAUUCGGACUCCCUUUUUGCAAAAGUUUUCAAGGGGCGAUAUUAUCGGAACUCAACCCCCUUGGAUCCAAUUCGUUCUUACUCUCCAUCAUAUGAAUGGCAGAGUAUUGUUUCUGCUCGGCCUCUGGUAUACAAAGGACUUAUCAAAAGAGUUGGCUCCGGUUCAUCCAUAUCCGUAUGGUACGACCCCUGGAUUUCCGACUCUCGCCCGAGACCAGCAAUCUGCAAAGGAAUUAAUUACUAUCCUCAUCUGACGGUGAAUCAGUUAAUCAAUUCCCAGACAUCAACGUGGAAUCGACCACUAUUGCGACAAUUGUUUGAGAGUGAGGAAGUCACUCGCAUUACAAGUAUCCCGGUGGCACCUGGACACAAACAAGAUGCUUGGGGAUGGUACUUUACGCCAACGGGGCGAUAUACGGUCAAAUCAGGAUACAGUAUGUUGCAAGAGCUUUCAGAAGAGGGGGCAUUACCAGUAUUUGGACCGGAUGUCCGAAAACUGCAGUACAAUCCUGGAAGAUAA